GCCAUCCCGACGUCGACAAUUCAUUCGUUCUCGCCAUGCACGCGUCACUUAUUCGUCGUCAGUUGGGGGGUAUCGUUCCUCCCAAGAUUGCUACUCCAUCACUUUUGACGUCGGGCUCUGGUUCAAGCCUCACGCCUCUGGUCAACUUCUACUCAAAAUUGCCCAAGGGUCCAGCAUCCGCGGUUUCUGGUGGCGGAAUUAAGGCUAGAUACUUCAACGGCAAGAACGCAUCCGCUGCUCCACUCGUUUUGACAAUCUUGGGUCUCUUCACUUUCGGAUACACCAUCGACUACCAGAUGCACUUGAAACAUCACAAGAACCACCCGCACUAAUCGUGUUCGCGGAAGUAAAGAGAUGUUAUCACAGAACUUGCUGUAUGCACGAGAAAUAGACUAUCAUUUUCCCAAUGUGCAUAGACAAAACAGUAAAUCUUGUGUGGACUUGACCAAAUUUAGCGCCCUGGUGUUGUGAAAGCUAC